GGAGCCACUUCCGUGAGAGACUUCCGCGUGUGGGGCCGUUUGGACGUCCUGGUACCGCGUUGUGUCCAGGAGAAGCCAGCUCCUCCCCGCCCACCCGGAACCCGCCCCGCGAUGCCCGCCCCGCAGUGCUUCUCUUGCCACGCGGCCCGCGCAGCCCUCCGCCGCCCACGCUCCGGCCAAGCACUGUGCGGACCCUGCUUCUGCACCGCCUUCGAGGCCGAGGUGCUGCACACGGUGCUGGCGGGCAGCCUGCUGCCACCUGGCGCCGUGGUGGCCGUGGGCGCCUCCGGCGGCAAGGACUCCACGGUGCUAGCGCACGUGCUGCGCGAACUAGCGCCGCGCCUGGGCGUCUCGCUGCGCCUAGUGGCGGUGGAUGAGGGCAUCGGCGGCUACCGGGACGCGGCGCUGGCUGCCGUGCGGCGCCAGGCCGCGCGCUGGGACCUCCCGCUCACCGUCGUGGCCUAUGCAGACCUCUUCGAGGGCUGGACGAUGGACGCUGUGGCCCGCAGCAUGGCCGGCACCGGCCGCAGCCGCGCCUGCUGCACCUUCUGCGGGGUGCUGCGGCGCCGCGCGCUGGAGGAAGGGGCGCGCCUCGUGGGAGCCACACACAUCGUCACAGGCCACAACGCCGACGACAUGGCAGAGACCGUGCUCAUGAACUUCCUGCGGGGCGACGCGGGGCGGCUGGCCCGGGGCGGGGGCCUGGGCUCGCGCGGCGAGGGGGGCGCCCUGCCGCGCUGCCGCCCCCUGCAGCUGGCCUCGCAGAAGGAGGUGGUGCUGUACGCGCACUUCCGCCGCCUCGACUACUUCUCGGAGGAGUGCGUCUACGCGCCCGAGGCCUUCCGCGGCCACGCGCGCGACCUGCUGAAGCUCCUGGAGGCGGCGCGGCCGUCGGCGGCGCUGGACCUGGUGCACUCGGCCGAGCGCCUGGCCCUGGCCCCGGCCGCGCGGCCCCCGCCGCCAGGCGCCUGCUCCCGCUGCGGGGCGCUGGCCAGCCGCGUGCUCUGCCAGGCCUGCGCCCUCCUGGACGGCCUGCAGCGCGGCCGGCCCCGCCUGGCCAUCGGCAAGGGCCGCGGGGGGCGCGACGAGGAGGGACCGCCAGGGCCGCCGCCUCCGCCGCCCAGCGACCCCCGGUCUGCGCCGGGCCCCGCCGCCGGGGAGUGCGGGGCAGCCUGUAAGGAGCGCUGCGAAUAAACCCUCUCCGCCUGGGCCCUGCCACCGGUGACCCUGCAGAAGGGAGGAGAGGCUAGAGGCCUGGACUCCUGGGUCUGAGGGAGGAGGAUUUGGGGG